GAGAUAUUAAAAAAAAAUUGAUGUGAGCAAGAGUAGGGGUGAGGUGAGCAACAAAACAAGUCUCUUCAUCUUCUUGUUCAAUGGCUUCCCUCUGCUUCUCCCCAUCGGUUCUCAGUUGUAAGAUUAAACCUCCGAUUACUGGAUUUCGGAAGCAAAGAUUGAGCCUUUUUGUAUGUCGAGCAGCCUCCCUCACGUUUCGUGAUCUUGAUGCAGACGAUUUUAGGCAUCCUCUUGACAGACAGAAUACGUUGCUUUUGAGAGCAAUACCUGGUCUCAACGAAAUUGGAAAAGCCUUACUAGGGACUGUUUCAGAGCAAAUUAUGCUUCUGGAGAACAUAGGGACGUCAGUUCUUGUUUCGGAAAAUCAGCUACCUGAACUUCAUUACUUAAUGGUUGAGGCUGCUAGAAUACUCAAUAUUGAGGCUCCUGACUUGUAUAUACGUCAAAGUCCUGUACCCAAUGCAUAUACCCUGGCUGUCAGUGGUAAAAAGCCUUUUGUAGUGGUUCAUACAAGCCUUGUGGAGCUGCUCAGUCAAAAGGAAUUGCAGGCUGUCUUGGCUCAUGAGUUAGGUCAUCUGAAAUGUGAUCAUGGUGUGUGGUUGACAUUUGCUAAUAUUCUCACUCUUGGGGCCUACACUGUUCCUGGUGUUGGCAGUUUGAUUGCUCAAAGACUAGAAGAACAGCUCUUACGCUGGCUUCGAGCAGCAGAACUCACCUGUGAUCGUGCAGCACUUCUUGUUGCUCAAGAUCCAAAGGUGGUUAUUUCAGUACUAAUGAAAUUAGCGGGCGGCUGCCCAUCUCUGUCGGAUCAACUGAAUGUGGAUGCAUUCUUAGAGCAAGCUCGCUCCUAUGACAAAGCAUCAUCAAGUCCAGUUGGGUGGUAUAUUAGAAAUGCUCAAACAAGGCAACUUUCACAUCCACUCCCUGUUUUACGUGCACGCGAGAUUGAUGAAUGGUCAAGAAGUCAAGAGUAUAGGUCACUUCUUCAGCGUGCAAUACAGGUGAAUUCUGUGCAAAAAGUUUAGCGCUUCAGGAGAAUGAACAUUGGUGCUGAAUACAUGUAAAUAUACAGGUACUAUCUAUUCUUCUUAAAAUCUCAGAUUGGAUUCAGUGGAGUUGUUAGUAAAGGCUGGAGGAGCCUCUACUUUGUGGAUGUAAACCAGGAAAAAGUGCUUCUUGUGUAUGGUUUACAGUAAAUCUAGAGUGGUUCAGUAGAAUCACAAUUUACGACUAUCAGCUCGAACAUUAUGUAUAUGUAUAUGUAUGUGUGUGAAAACCAAGUACUAUGUGUGAAGAUAAAU